UCUGUCGACCUCCCUCCUGUGUACUAGGGUUAUAGAGAUCUGUUAGCCAUCUCGUUGUUCGUCUUAUUAUCAAUUAAACUAUCAGCGCAGAUGCUGAUUGGCAGAUUGAUUGACAAGCGCCUUGAAGAUCAAGUCUUUACAUCACAAACAACUAUUGACGGGGAGGAUGACAGAGCGCGAGCAAGGCACGUGGAGUUGAAUAGUAUAGUAACAGGUAGUUGUUUGUGUAGUUCGUCAUCACAACAUGUGGUCUAUUAUUGUAUCUAUAAUAAUGGAGAUAGUAAACAAUACACUGGUAGCUGUAGGCUAUGGAAAUACUAGCAGAUAGAAAAACAUUUUCUACAUUUUAAAACUUGUUGGAUAAACACAAUUACAGUAGCUGACUAGCCACAAGUCUGUAUGAUUACGACGGAGCCCUUAUUCUUACUUCGACCAAUCAUGACAGAGAAUCUGGAUCCUAUAUUAACUUCAUUCUGGGAAGGUUUUCCGUGUCCCCCACCGUGGAGAUCAGGGAUUCUACAACAGUUGAACUUCUCGGGUUGUUUGGGCUCUUCUGUAGGUAACAGAAUAAGAUCGUUAAUGUUAAAACGCUGUAGUGGAACUGGUUUCAAGGAGAUCUCCGAGAUUAUUAUGGAAGAUAACUCUACUUAUAUCAACGAAAUACCAGAACACGUGUUUGUCAUGGACGCAUGUGCACUCAACUGUCGUCUGUUGAUUGUGUCCGUCUGCGUUGUGUUUUUGGUUGGAAUGUUGGCUGGGAUUAUAUAUUUAUUGUACAGAAACCAUUUUCAUAAACCUUCGAAUGGAGUUCCACGUGGUGUGCAACCAGGCAGACACGACGUCUCAAAAACUUUUAACAGUUGUCAUUAUGCGUCGGCCCCAGUGAUUGGCCGACUUGAUGAGACGAGUUUUUGUCAAGGUAAAGAAAUGUGCAGAAACCGGCCUAGAAAUGGCGUCACGGGAAAUCGAUACGAUAAACUUCGUUUUCCAUCGGACAAACGUUCUCAGAUAUACCCUGGGAUGCGCGACAGUCGAUUACCCAACUACGAAAACGAUCUAGAAACAUCGAAUGAUUACGAAUCUAUUGACGAUUUGGAUAAAUGUGAUUCUAAAAAUAGCAGUCCCAUGAAAUUCGGAUGCCAUUAUCAGUUCGGUAAUGGGGAGACAAUUCUAUCCAUUUCCUCCGAUCUCGAUACAGACGACAAUCUGUGUCAAGUGUCAACAGACAAUCUCAACGAUGAGGAAAGUUUUAGUUCCGUCGCAUGUAACGAGGCUUUUGAACCCGAGGCUAGUGGAGAUGAUAUUUCGUGUGACUAUUUAGCGGAUCUGAAGUUAGAUCUCAAUAUGUGUAGUACGUCACGUCCGGUUAAUUAUGUGCCCACGUUCUCAACAUUUAAGAAAGAAGUUUCCUAUACUUGAAUAUUGUGCAACAACUGUGUGUUUUAGCUGGUGUCAUGAGUGUGUAGGCCUAGUAGGCUACAAUUCGCCAAUAAAUAAACUCGACAUUUAACAGAGAAGUUUCCUAUACUUGAAUUAUGUGUAUUUCAGCUGGUGCCAUGAGUGCGUAGGCCUAGUAGACUACAAUUCACCAAUAUAUACUGUUACGAAGUUUAACGGUAUAGUGUAAUAAAUAUAGGAUGUUUUCAGAUUUCAAUUUCACGAAUACAAAGAAUCUGUUUUAGUGUUCUAAGGUCUGUGUUCAUUCUAUCUCGGCCUUCAACCCCCGGGGUCAUUAAAUGUCAAAGAGUUCAUUUCAUAUUUGAAAAUUAUAUUUUUGUGUAAACGGAUAUCGUAAUAACCAAUCCGUAACAGUAAUGUGAAAAUUAGGUGCUCUUUAUUAUAAAACAUGGGAUUUCGACAUACAGCAACAAUACCCUAUUACGUAUAUUCGAAGAAAGCUAUAAAAUACAAAACGUGAACUUAGGGUAACGAACGCACGUGUUCAAAAUGAAAUAUGCAACGAUUAUAUUGUGUUGUUACAGUCGUGCUUUUGAAGUUCAAAUUCGAGAAUUAAAUACAGGGGAAGUAAGUCUAUUUCGGGAUUGUGCCAGGUUGCUUUAGAAAUUGUCAUAUUUCGACGUAACAAUAGAGAAUUGCACAAAGCGUCGUCGUCUUGGAAGUUGAGAUUUGAGAAAAGCUUAUUGAUAAUUAUAAAUAAAGGGAAGUAAGUCUUCGCAUUAAUUCGGGGUUUUAUUAACAUAUUAAGCCAUGUUGCUAUGGUAAUUGUAUAUAAAUGAUUAAUAUAGUGUAUAUAAUUACUUGUUAAACAUUAACACUACAUUUACCGGAGUUAUGUUUUAAAUGUUGUCAAAUAAUGAAAA